CCUCUCAGCUGACAGCUCUGGAGACGGAAGAGGCGGUGCUCAGGUGCUGCGGCUGGUCUGCAGGCCUGGCCGGCAAGCGUCUGCCGAGGCCCAGUCAAGGGCAUCCUGCGGAACUUUAGGGCCCGGCUCGGCUGAGCGGCCGGAAGAUGGCAGACUUUCUGUAGUAUAUUGGACGCAAAUCUCACAUCUUGGUUUCUUAUCCAACUUCAGUCUAACUUCACUGGCUAGAAAAUAAAUGGGAUUUGCACAAAUUCCAAGCCAAAGUGAAAUACAGAUUGCAGCAGCAUUAAUAUCCUUUUCUUCUGGUUGUUACUAACAGCAAGUUCAAUGUCGGCAGAAGACCUGGAAGCCCAGGAGGAUGAACUACUGGCCCUGGCGAGUAUUUAUGAUGCGGAUGAAUUUAGAAAAGCUGAGUCUGUCCAAGGAGGAGAAACCAGGAUCUAUUUGGAUCUGCCACAGAAUUUCAAAAUAUUCGUGAGCGGCAAUUCAAAUGAGUCUCUCCAGAAUAGUGGCUUUGAAUACACCAUUUGCUUUCUGCCACCACUUGUGCUGAACUUUGAACUGCCACCAGAUUAUCCAUCCUCCUCCCCACCUUCAUUCACACUUAGUGGCAAAUGGCUGUCACCAACUCAGCUCUCUGCUCUCUGCAAGCACCUAGACAACCUGUGGGAAGAACACCGAGGCAGCGUGGUGCUGUUUGCCUGGAUGCAGUUUCUUAAGGAGGAGACCCUCACCUACCUGAAUAUUGUCUCUCCUUUUGAGCUCAAGAUGGGGUCUCAGAAAAAAGUUCAGAGAAGGGCAACAGCCCAGGCCUCUUCCAGCACAGAGCUUGGUGUGGGAGGAGCUGCUGCGGCGGAUGUAGACCAAGAAGAAACUGUGGAUGAGAGAGCUGUACAGGAUGUAGAAUCAUUGCCAAGUCUGAUCCAGGAGAUCCUGGACUUCAAUCAAGCUCGGCAGACGAAGUGCUUCAACAGUAAACUGUUCCUGUGCAGCAUCUGUUUCUGUGAGAAGCUGGGUAGUGACUGUAUGCACUUCUUGGAGUGCAAGCAUGUGUACUGCAAAGCCUGUCUGAAGGAUUACUUUGAAAUCCAGAUCAAAGAUGGUCAAGUUAAAUGCCUCAACUGUCCAGAACCGCAGUGCUCUUCAGUGGCUACUCCUGGUCAGGUCAAAGAGCUGGUAGAAGCAGACUUGUUUGCUCGCUAUGACCGUCUCCUCCUGCAGUCUACCUUGGAUCUAAUGGCAGAUGUGGUGUAUUGUCCCCGUCCAUGCUGCCAGCUCCCUGUGAUGCAAGAGCCUGGUGGUACCAUGGCUAUCUGCUCCAGCUGCAAUUUUGCCUUCUGUACCUUAUGCAGACUGACCUAUCACGGGCUUUCUCCAUGUAAGGUAACUGCAGAGAAAUUAAUAGACUUACGAAAUGAAUACCUACAAGCAGACGAAGCUACUAAGAGGUUCUUGGAACAGAGGUAUGGCAAGAGGGUGAUUCAGAAGGCCCUGGAGGAGAUGGAAAGUAAAGACUGGCUAGAGAAGAACUCCAAGAGCUGCCCCUGCUGCGGCACACCCAUACAGGUAACCUCUGCGGCACACCCAUACAGAAGAAGAAAAUUUAUGGAGAGAUGUUACCAGAAGAAUAGAUUGCUUUUGAGAGAAGGAAAGACAGAUUCUGCUGUUUUGUUCAACUGCCUAAGUGUAUGUAUGCCUUAUUUUUUGCCUAAGUGUAUGUAUGCCUUAUUUUAUGUUUUCAGGUUGUUCCACGCCGUGGAUAUUAAUGGUGAUAUGUGGGAAGAUGAAAUUGAGGAGGACGACGAUGAUGAAGAUGAUGACGACGACUAGUUCAUUCCUUCUGCUCACAAUAUAGAAGUGGGAUGGUUUGCCCUGAUCUUCUGUCAAGUACACAGAGAGAUCUUGCAGGAUCUUUAGGGGCCAUCUAUUCACUCUUCCAGUGUAGAGGAAGAACAGGGUUUAUAUUUUCCUUUGGUUCUACUGAUUAAGGCACAUACAUUUUCCAUGUAACAUAAUCUGAUAAAAUUAUAUGCCAAAGGAUCAGAAAUGAAAACUAUAGGAGAUUAAAUAUUAUAAUAUGCCCAAAAUGUGAAUAGUUAAAAAGUAAAUAUUAUUUUCUCCCCCAAGCUUUAGGUUAGGGAGAGGGUCAAGAGUUUAGCUUUUAGACCAUGUCCAAGCAGCCUCACGUUGUUGGAGCACUCUCAGUUCCAUCCCUCAGCUGGGGACAGUCACAGCCCCAGCCACACUGUCCUGGGAGCCUGAUCCAUUCUCUGUACACUGCUCACUCCCAUCCGUGCUGUGGAGGAGCCUCUGCUCUGUAACUGACCAGUUGUCCCAGUGUCGUUCUGUUCUACUGCUUGCCAGAAUAGAAGUCUAUAGUACAUUAAAAGUAUUUUUAGUGCCACAGUCCCUGUGGGUCACUUGAUAUUUAUGAAUAGUGUAUUGAGCCCACUGUUUUAGAGCCAAAUGUAGAAUUUAGGACUCUGGCUCAGAAUUCCUCCAGAUUUCGAGUCAGAGCUGUCUGCCCCAUUGUGUUCUCAACUUUCUCCCGUUGCCUCCCACCUCUUGUGGGCAAGGACAGUUUUAAUGUUGAUCCCAGCGGUGUGAGUCUUUAUUUCCUCAGUAGAAUAGAAAAGAGCCCAGUGUGUUCCUCAUGAAUGUUCUCUAAACCUGUGAAGAGCAUCAUGGUUCUACCCCGACCUUCCGAACCCUCGGGUCCUCUCUAUCACCUACAGCAACUGGGCUUCCUCCCCUCCCCUCUUAAACAGCAGUGUUUCCAGUGAUAAUAGUAGCUUGAUAGCUGGAUUCCUAAUUCUGAGUUUUAUUGGCUUUCUGAAAAACUGUCGUCUUCAUGAUUCGGUAAGUGGCUCGGUCGUUACUUGGUGGAUGUUUUGAAGGGACAGGAAUUCACCUGUAGCUUGUGAACAUGUGUUUUCUACUUUGACACUGAAAAUUAAGGAAUUGCUUAACUGUCAGCUCAGACUGCUUCUGGAUUGUCAAUGAGGAUGCUUAAUCUUAACAAUAAAGUAAUUUAAAGUCAUCCUGUAAUUGAAGUA